AUGUUCAUUGGCGAUGCCGACUACUAUUCUGGCGAAACGUCUGGGAAUCACACUUACGAUUGCGCUCUUUUAGCCGCGGGUUCUGUGCUGGCAGUCGUCGAUGAGGUCUUAUCUGGUCGAGUAAGUUGCCCCAUCGCGCCUGGUAUAUUUUCUUGCUCGUGUACUCUGGAUUUACCUGCUCUUAAAUUGGCCCAGGUGAGAAUAUUUGCUAUCAUUGUUACUCCUAACCAAUGA